GAAGAGGCGGAAGCGGCGGUGAGGGAGGCAUGGCGGGGUUCGGCGUGGCGAACGAGCGGCUGCGAGCGCUGGAGGAGCUGGAGCGCGAAAUCGGGGCCUCCCUGCAGAGCGCGGGUUUGGUGAUCCUGGAGCUGUCCAAGGAGAAGCCCCAGGAGCGACACCUGGACCGCCAGGCCGCCCAGUUCGGCGCCGCCGUGGCCAAGGUGGAGGCUGAGCUCUCGGCCCAGAUCCGGUACCUGACACAGGUAGCCACAGGUCAGCCCCACGAGGGCUCGAGCUACGCCGCGCGCAAGAGCUGCCAGCUGGCCCUGAACCGCCUGGACUACGCCCGGCGGCGCCUGGCAGAGCUGGCACGGGCCUGCGAGCUGAUGCUGGAGCAGUGACGCACCUGGGCACACCUGGAGGCACACCUGGGGACACCUGGGGACACACCUGGAACGGCCUCGGCACAGGAAAAUGGGAUUUGAUUGUGAUUUGAUUGAGGUGUGGCACCUUGGGGACGUCGUUGAGAGACUUUGGGGACACCUGGGCACACCUGAAGGCACACCUGGGGACACCUGGGCACACCUGGAACGGCCUCAGGACAGAAAAAUGGGAUUUGAUUGGGAUUUUUUUGAUUGGGAUUUGAUUGAGGUGUGGCACCUUGGGGACGUCGUUGAGAGACUUUGGGGACACCUGGGCACACCUGGAGGCACACCUGGGGACACCUGGGCACACCUGGAACGGCCUCAGGACAGAAAAAUGGGAUUUGAUUGGCGUGUGGCACCUUGGGGACGUCGUUGAGAUGUCCUGGGCACACCUGGGCACACACCUGGAUACACCUGGGGUGGACUGGGACACACCUGGGGACACCUGGGCACACUUGGAGGGGCCUGGGAUACACCUGGGGGGGACUGGGACACACUUGGGUACACCUGGGCACACACCUGGGGACACCUGGACACAAACCUGGGGACAUUUGGACAUGCACUGGGGCACACACCUGGAACAUACCUGGACACACACCUGCACACGCCUGGACACACACCUGCACACAUACCUGGGCACAC